AAAAAAAUGGGAAAAAAACAGUAGGUGAAGAGUCCUUCUGAAGCUUCCCUCCAAACUCCAACACUACACCACAUACAGACACACACUAGAAGCCUUAAACCCCCGUCUAUAUAAACCCUCCCUUCCUUUCAACUUUCACUCUCUUUACUCCGUUUGCUCCAUCCUCCUCCUCCGCCCUUUUCGUUCCUCUUUCAGGCCUCUCCGGUUCCGUUCUCGGGUUUUGCUUUGUGCACCAGAUGUCUUUUGGUUCUUGUAAGAGGUAUCAUUUAUUUGUCUGGGGUGCUUUCUAUUUUAUGACCCGAGGAAGGCUUUGGUGCUCACGGAAGAUCUUAUUCCGGCAUUGGACUUGACAUAGACUUAGUUUUGGAGGGGAGGGUGGGUUUCUGGUGUAGAUAAUUAGUUUUUUCUCUUUUUUAAUUUAUCCUUUUUGGACAGGAAAAAGAACACAUUUCCUUUUUUUUUUUUUUGGGCUUACAUCUUCCAACCGAUAGACUCUUGUUACGACAAAAGCUGUGCUAUUGUGCUCAUUGAGAGCACCAUAGCAAUUGGAUUUGAUUUGUGAUGGUGAGGUCAAUGCUUCCUCCGGGGUUUCGGUUUCAUCCUACUGAUGUCGAAUUAGUAAUGUACUACCUUAAACGGAAAGUCAUGGGAAAGAAGCUUAUCUUUGAAGCAAUUACAGAGCUCAACAUUUAUAAGUUCUCUCCUUGGGAUCUCCCAGGGAUGUCUCUCUUGAAAAUGAAGGAUCUUGAGUGGUUCUUCUUCUGCCCAAGGGAGAGGAAGUAUGCAUCUGGGGUAAGAAUGAACCGUGCCACAGAAACUGGUUACUGGAAAACAACGGGAAAAGAUAGACCUGUUCUCUACAAUGGCAAUGUUGUUGGUAAGGUUCGGACCCUGGUUUUCCACCUAGGCAGUCCUCCACAUGGGAAAAGAACCGAUUGGGUCAUCCACGAGUACAGGCUUGAAGACCAAAACUUGGCUGAUAAGGGAGUUGCCCAGGAUACUUAUGUGCUGUGUAAAGUCUUCCACAAAAAUGGACCAGGCCCUAAAAAUGGCGCACAAUAUGGAGCUCCUUUUCAAGAGGAGGAAUGGGAUGAUGAUUCUGAAAUCCCCCCUGACUCUUUAACACCUAAUGGCCCAUUUCCUUUUGCGGUUGACCUGCAGCAAAAUCAGAAUUCCUCAACUGCACUGAGAAUAGUCGAGCCGGGGCAAUCGUCUGGGUUGUCCCUUAGUGAACCUGGCCCAUCUGUUGUUCGACCUUUGCGGGAUGAGGUGCUUUUAAAUGGUCAAAAUAGUUCUAUGCUGACAGGCACAGUUGAUGCAAAUACAUGUGGAUGGUCUUUAAGUGAAGCAGGUGCAUCCUUUGCUAGCCUUUCGGCCCAGGAUACGAUUCCUGAUGCUGGAAAUGAUGACCUUGCUCAUUUGCUUGCUUCUUUCAAGGAUGAUGAUGAUGCUUUUCCUCUCACUGCAGAUGCAAAUGAGGUUGCUCAUCUUGAUCAAGCAAGGGAAAUCCAGCUUGCCCCUAACCCUAAUUUUGAUGGGAGUGAUCCAUUCAGUGGUCUAGAGGAUCUGAAUGUCUUGUCUGGCGUCAAUGGGGGUGGACAUUACUUUUCUGAUAUGGAAUUUUUGGAAGUUGAUGACUUGAAUGCUCCAUUGAACUUCUCUACAGACUCUUUUGGAUUUAGAGAAGUGCAAACAAAUGGCUUCCUUAGACCUUGCAUCUCCAACGGGUCUCAACAUACCUUGCCUCAAUGUGCAGUGUCUAAUUCUAAUGAUGUUUCGAGGCAGGUCCAACAUCAGGGUAAUUUCCCUUGGUGGGAUACACGUCUGAUCAACUCGAUCCAGCUUCCCAGUCUCCCUGACUCUUCUCACAAUCAAGGCAACCCUGCUACUGUUGCACCACUGGGCAACAUCUAUAACCCUACCUGGACCACACAUGGUGUAAAUUUGAGUUCCUUCAUACCAGAGGAAUCCCAGAGUUGCAGGGAGGCAGGAAAGAGGUAGAUCUCAUUACAGUCUGAUGACACUUCUGGUCGUUGGACAAAGCCUUCAAGUUCUACUUAGUUCUAAUUUAAUUCUUUCGUAGAGAUCCCUGUUCAGGACACAUUGAGAUCUCUGGAUAAAGUUUGCUCGUCGCACUUUAUGAACUCUAGUUCUGUUUCAUAAUGCAUGAGUUGUAAAGGUGCCAUGUGUACCUUUUUUAUCCCCCCUUUUUUCCCAAAAAGAAGAGGUGGGAAGAACUUCUGUUUCUUCGUUCCUCUUGUAUUUUCAGUUGUUUUUAGGUGAUAUUAUCAUCUUUCAAUGUCCCUUGAGGCAUCUGAUGAGGUUGCAAAAACCUCUAAUUUAGGAUCGGUGGGUGCUGCAGGUACAUGCUGCAGUCUCUGAUCAUUUGUGGCGUGUUUGCCAGUAAUGUACUCAUUUUUUGUUUGUUAUAUUGGUCCCAGGAGUGCAGCAGUGAAAAAUUUCCCAAGACUCCAACUGUUGUUGGAGUCCAUUCCUGCUGAUUUUGAUGGCUCCUCCAUACUUGCCAAGGCCGAGGUGACUUAUAGGUUGAGUAGAUGCACUAAAGACGCUUUGUCAGUUAUGUUGGAGCUUUUGUGUAGCGCUCUUUAUUGGGAUUUGUGCGGGAUGAGAUAUUCAGAAGACAUUGCCCGAUUGCAUUCAGGGUUCUUUGUUUCUGUUUCGGUGAAUUGGCCUGUUACGGAACUUUAUCAUGGUGUUUGGCGUUGGUUUAACGUCUCUAAAACUGUGCAUUGGUUUGAAAUUGCUCUUGUGGAUCAUGAUUAUGAUGUUAUGGAUUGCUCUACAUGCUUCAUUACUAUAAUGCAUUUUUCUGAGUUUUCUGAUGAUCUGGGUGUAUUUCUGGGUGUCUUCGAUAAAUCAAAUUUGAUGUCAUUUAGUCAUUGGUUAUCCCUUGGAUCUUAGCCGUUUUGCUUCCUAAAAUCUUUGAUUUCUGAAAGAUUAGCCUGCAUCAAUUUUUUAAUUUUCUUUGUAUUGUAGC